AUGGCUUCGAUUAUUUCGUCCCAAUGGCUUCGCUUUUCGAUGGCUUCUUUAUUCUUCCUAGUUCUUUUCAUUCCGCCGCUUGUUUCGCAGGGAAUUCAUGAACGACAAAUAAUUUACGGCAUAAUUGGAUCGAGCGCGGAUGUAAUUUUCGACAAGAAUUGUUCUCCGACCUCAAACACGACUUGCGACAAAUAUCCGAUUGGUACAAUCGUUGAUGAUAGAUCACCUCAGUGGUGGACUCGCGAAUCGUGCUGGGAGAGCACAGAUGACUUUGGAAGAAAGAAAUCCUUCCCAAGUGCCGAAAGUACGCCGACUCGCUUUCCCGUCUACAAAAUCCACAGAUCGGCGCCAAAGGACGACAAUGGAAAUCCACCAUUCAACAAUUCGGAAAUCCACUAUUCGGCACAUUGUGAAGAGGAGAAAGUCGACUUCGCUAGCACGCGCACGACUAAAUUCAUGGGUAAACGGUGCCUUUACUACAAUCAAGAUACUUGCUGGGAAUGCCCGUUUGGAUACCGCAGGACUUUUGUUGAUCGCCCGGAUAGAUUCAACUCCAAUACGACAGAAUGCGUGCGCCAAUCUAAAGCGACUCUCGAACAGAUCUAUCGACACAGAGAUGAACUCAUCGAGCAAGCGAAGCAAAUGCUCAAGAAAUGUCCAGACGGGAUGUUCCGACAAAUACACGACAUCAAUUGUACAGGAAUUUGCCCGGAGAACUGUCGUACUUGUCGCAGUCGAACGGUAUGUGAUCAAUGUCACGUUGGAUAUGUCGCAAGCGGUCGUUCUAACCACUGUGUGAAAAUAGCAACAAACUCUUGCCCAAUCAAUACCUACUACGAUGCAAAGAGAUGUUUGCCUUGCGAAUUUAAGACGAAAGAAUGCGAGCAGUGCGAUAGUAAGACCGGCUUUUGUGAAAAGUGUGAACGAGGCAUGAUAUUGAUAAAUGGCCGACACUUUCAACGAUGUUUGAAUCCAUGUCAGAGAGGGUAUUACAUGGAAGCAAAUCACACUUGUCACCCUUGCCCGCCAUACUGCGAAACAUGUGUAAAUGAUCACCGUUGUGAGAAGUGCAAUGUCGGUCUGUUUGAGCGUCGACGUCCCAAUCCUCAGGCCACCUUCCUCGUCGUGGAAUGCUACACCGUCUGCCCUAAUGGCACUUAUCCAACCGCCGCCUAUCCAUUCCAAUGCCUCCCGUGCCAUUUCUCAUGUGACUCAUGUACAGGCCCAACGGAUCGCGACUGUAUCAAAUGCGAAACGUUCGGGCAAAUCACGUCGAUCACAAUGCUGCCACAAUGUAUGGGUACGGCAAGUCGAAAUGAUUUCGAUGGUUUUAGUAAUUUGUCGCAGUUGGCGUUCGAAAUGACGGGUACAAAAAAUCCGAUGUCAGGUGGUGAAGGUGUGAAUGUUUAUUCGUCUUACUUUAAGAAGACUUCAGAGGCCGAAGACUAUUUCAAAAAGAAGUACAAUAACGCCACCAAAGAUAUGUACUGGCCGCAAUGUGACACAGAUGAUUGCUUAAAGCAUUGUGCCAAGCCGACAUUGAUGCAGGCUUGUCCAUAUUGCAAAAAAGGAUUUUCAAUGACUUUGGAUCGAAAAUGUGUGCAGAAGUGUCCGGAUGGAAUGACGAACAUGGUGUACGGGAAUACGACUGAACGACACAUCGGACGGUGCGUCUUGUGUCCACACUACCCGAAGUGCAAGAAAUGCCAAAUGUUCUCCCAAUUCCUCGGAAACUACAGCCAACUUUACAAUUUCUCGGCUAAAGCAUACGAAGCAGAUAAAAAUUUAACGCGAUUUAAAUGCGAUGAAUGGGAUGAGCGGCUGCUGGUGAAGUGUGACGAGAAAUCUUACUUCCACAAUCGACAGUUGGGCGUCUGUUUGCCAUGCCAUGCGCAGUGUGAUGGAUGUACGGGACGCGGAUCAAAUCAUUGUUUGAAGUGUCGAUAUGCUCUUGACAUCAGUGGGCAUUGCGUCGCAAAGUGUGGUGAAGGACUCCGAGUGAAUUCGACAGCUCAACCGCCAAUUUGUGAGAAAUACGAACAAUGGAAGCCAUUCACCAAAGAGGAGAAGAUCGGAAUCGUGCGGUACUGUUGGUUUGAAUGGACGAUGGUGGUCGUCUUUGCGUUCCUCUUGUUGAAUUUGGCAUUCACCUUCUUUUGGGUCCUUUUUGUGCAGCGAGAAUUAUCGGGUGCAGAGGGGAUGUGCGAGAAGGAAAACUACGAAAUUCGGGCAUCUUCGACCUCCGAGCGAACA